AUGCUAGCAGUCAUUGACUUCGCCGCCGGCAGCUAUACACAAGCUUGGGUCAAGAUUGGCCUCUCAAUUCGAUUGGCACAGGCCCUGGACUUAUUAUCUGAGCCUAAUCCGUCCCUUCUUUGGUGGGCCAAGGAAGAACGUCGCCGCACGUUUUGGUCUGUCUAUCUCCUCGAUCGAAUAGUGACCAGCAGCCCAGGCCGUUCGCCGUCGAUUCUUGAUGCUGAUUGCAUGCUGAGUCUCCCCGUGGACCAGGCCACACUCGCACCUGGCAUGGCCGGGGCGGAGCGAAUCACCGUGAUGCGCUUACUACAGCACCCACGGGAACUCGGCAAGGUCGGCUACUCGGGGUUCCUUUGCCUAUUGGCUUCUACACUCGGUCGAGUUCAAAGAUACUGCCUGCGCCGGUCCGUAUCAGAAGAGUCGCCACUCCCGUGGGAUUCACAAAGUGAAUUUGCUUCCAUAUACAGCGUUCUUCUUACCUGCGAAGCCUACUCACCGACCGCCAUCGCAGAUUUCGAGGCCGUGCUAGAGGCGGAGAGCUUGAAAAUGGCUGGAGAGCUUAAUCACAACUCUAUGCUCGUCCGUUGGCAGCACUUUCCGCGUCUGGCACGAGCGCUUCAGGAGUUCAAUCCCGAUCCUGCGGCCACGUCGUCAAUGAUCAGUCCUUUUGUACUUACCAAUUUGCCGGAUCAUCCCGAUACAGAUACAAUGUGGAAGUUGCUCGACUAUGGCAAAGCAUCGCAGAACGUGACCGAGCUUGCGUCAACGAGUGGUCAGGGCCUAUCAUUCACCAUUUAA